UUGUCAAUUGUCAGGUUGUCGAAAUGAAAAUCAUAACCUAUAAUUUUCUCUCUAUUUGAAUUGCCGUAAAGUGUAUGAUGAAAUUUACAGAAAUGAAAUCAAUAAUAAGAUAAAGGACCUCGACUUAGUUUGAUAAUUAAAAGUUGUGGUUUUUUUAAAGGCAUUUACCAUGCUCAGAGCCUUAGCAAGCAUUUAUAUCGAGAGCCACGGAAUCUCUCGGAGGGAUGUUUUUAAAGUUUUCCGUGUUUGUGCACAUUCAAGUUCGGCAGGGGAACAGACAGUGUUAAGUAGCACCGGUGUUCAGAAGUCAAACACACGAGACCCGAGCCAUGUUACGGUUUCCACCGACACGGGGGGAGGUGGGCCGAGAGACCGUCCGAAGCGCCCCUGGUCCGCUCUCGCGGCACUCGCGGCCAUCACAGCAUCACUGGGUGGAGUAUACUUCUAUCGCAAGACGAAUGGAGAAGUAGAUGACAAAAAAGACUCAAAACUAUCCAGUGACCAAAAAGAAGCAGACGCAGUCGAACCCGCCAUCCCGGCCAGCGGCGACUCGCUGCCGGCGCACGUGCAGUACCUGCUCGUGGGCGGCGGCACGGCGUCGUUCGCGGCCAUGCGCGCCAUCCGCAGCGCGCGGCCCGACGCGCAGGUGCUCAUCGUGGGCGCCGAGAGCGCGCUGCCCUACAUGCGGCCGCCGCUCAGCAAGGAGCUGUGGCGCGAGCCCGACCUGGCCGCGCGCGCCGCCCGCCCCGACGCGCUCACCUUCCGCCAGUGGAACGGGCGCCGCCGCAGCGUCACGUACGAGCCGAGCGCCUUCUACGCGCCGCCCGAGCGCCUGCGGGACGGCGGCGCCGGCGCGGCGCUGGCGCGCGGCUGGCGCGCCACGCGCCUCGACCCCGCGCGCCACGCGGCCGAGCUGGUGGCGCCCGGCGGCGCCUCGCACUCGCUCACCUACGACAAGUGCCUCGUGGCCACGGGCGCGCGGCCGCGGCGCGUGGUGGCGCUGCGCGCGGCGGCGGCGGCGGGGCGCUCGCUGGCGCUGCGCGGCGUGCGCGACGCGGCGCGCCUGGCCGCCGCGCUGGAGCAGCCCGGCCUGCGCACCGUGGCCGUGGUCGGCGGCGGCUUCCUGGCCUGCGAGCUGGCCGUGGCGCUGGCCGACCGCCUGCGCGGGGACGGCCGCACGGUGGUCCAGGUGUUCCGCGAGGGCGCCCCGCUGGCGGCCGUGCUGCCGCGCUACCUGGCCGACGACGUCGCGGUUCGCCUGGCGGAGGCCGGCGUCGCGCUGGUGCCCGACGCGGAGGUGGCGGACGCGGAGCUGGCGGAGGGCGGCGUGCGGCUGGAGCUGUCGACGGGCGCGCGGCUGGACGCGCAGCUGGUGGUGGAGUGCGUGGGCAGCGAGCCCGAGGUGGAGCUGGCGCGCGCGUCGGGCCUGGAGCUGCACCCGGAGCUGGGCGGCGUGCUGGUGAACGCCGAGCUGCAGGCGCGCUCGGACCUGUUCGCGGCCGGCGACGUGGCGUGCUUCUACGACGAGGCGCUGGGCCGGCGCCGCGUGGAGCACCACGACCACGCAGUGGUGUCGGGCCGUCUCGCCGGCGAGAACAUGGCCGCGCUCGCGCCGCCCAAGCACUACCAGCACCAAAGCAUGUUCUGGAGCGACCUGGGGCCGCGGCUCGGUUACGAGGCGAUCGGCAUCAUAGAUUCCAGAUUACCGACUUUCGGUGUCUUCUCUGCGGACGCCGUCAGCGACGGGGUGACGGAGGCGAGGGCGCUGAGCGCCAGCGGAGCCGGAGACGAGGCGGGGGCCGGCGGUGAGGCGGGCGCCGCGGGGGCCGGGGGCGAGGCGGGGGCCGGGGGCGCGGCGCGGCGCUACGAGCGCGGCGUGGUGUUCUACGUGCGCGAGCGGCGCGUGGUGGGCGUGCUGCUGUGGAACCUGUUCAACCGCAUGCACGUCGCCAGGCAGGUCCUGUCGAAGGGACAGUUCGAAGAUCUUUUCGAAGUAGCGAAAUUGUUUUCACCACAGGAGGAGGAUUAACUUAUAUAUAUUAAGCAUUUAUUGACUUAUUGUACAAAUUAUUUAGAAAUAAAGUGUUAUAAGCGUA